ACAGACCUAUUUUGGACUAGUUAACGCUCCGUGACUUGGAAUCAUUUGACAAGAAGAGGAUUGUUAUUGUAAAAUGUCAAUGUACAAAAUAUAAAUUUGCCUUAUAAAGUGAUAUGUAUAGUAUUCUAGUUUAGAUCACCUAAAAAUACGGACUACAGACUCGUUUUCGGAGGGUUUACUAUUGAACCGUGUUGCUGAGUGUGGGGUGUUGUGACCCCCCCCCCCCCCAGCUGUGUAUGGGACCAGGCCCCCAGGUCCUCUCCACUCAGACUGAGCGAGUGAAACCAUGAGCUCUAAGGGGGGCGGCACCGCACUGACCCGACGCAACUACAGACUGGCCUCCGACAUGGACAAACCCAGAACCACCGGUAUUAUCAAUGAGAAGCUGCUGAGUGACUACCUGCAUCGUGUGUUCCCCACCGUCAGCAGGCAGGGGCCCGCAGUGGCCUCCAUAAGGAAGCCGCUGGGCUUUCAGGACCUGGGAGCCCACCUGGACAGACUGCUGCUGGAGGGAGAGCCCACAGAGGACAGCAAAGACCAGACCCUGGAGGGCCGUCUGGGGCCCCUCACCGUGGUUCUGGACCACACCAGCGGCUUCGAGGGCCUGCUCUUCGUAGACGACGAUCUACUGGGGGUGAUCGGACAUAGCAACUUCAGCUCAAUCAGAGCCACCACCUGUGUUUACAAAGGGAAGUGGGCGUACGAAGUCCUCAUCUCUUCUCAGGGCCUGAUGCAGAUUGGAUGGUGCACUCUGAACUGCAGAUUCAACCAGGAGGAGGGCGUGGGCGACACCCCAGAUUCCUAUGCCUACGACGGGAACCGGGUACGCAAGUGGAACGUGACGACCACCAACUACGGCAAGUCAUGGGCGGCAGGUGAUAUUGUCAGCUGUCUCAUAGAUCUGGAUGAGGGCACCAUUACAUUCUGUUUAAAUGGCCAAUCUCUGGGCACAGCCUUCAGCGAUAUCAAGAUGGGUCCUGGUGUCGCCUACUUCCCUGCAAUCAGUCUGUCCUUCAAAGAGUCGGUGGCGUUCAACUUCGGCAGCCGCCCUCUCCGGUACCCAGUGGAGGGCUACCUUCCCCUGCAGAACCCCCCCACUGCCGACCUGCUCAAGGCCCAGAAGCUCCUGGGCUACAUCAAGACCAUCCUGUCCACCACCAUAGACACACAGGAGGAGAGGCUGGUGGAGACAGAAUGCUCGUCCUGGAAGCUCCACGGAGAGCCCACCAUCCUGGUGACCCUGGCACACAUAUUCAACCACUUUGCCCCGCUCAUGUGUAAAGUGUACCUGGUGGAGGAUGUUCUCAUGAACUUCCUGCUGGGGAUCCUGGAGGGCGGGGGGUCAGUCGAUGAGCACCCCCUGAUCCAGCAGCUGCUGGACCUUUUCUGGCUGCUCAUGGAGGACUAUGAAGUGAACGAGUGUCUAAAGCAGCUGAUGAUGUCUCUGCUGAGGGCCUAUCGCUUCUCCCCCAUCAUCCCAGACCUGGGCUUCCAGAUCCAUUACCUACGUCUGACCACGGCCAUCCUGCACCACGAGAAGUCCAGGAAGUAUCUCCUCAGCAAUGUAUUGUUCGACGUACUUCGCUCCGUAGUGUUCUUUUACAUCAAGACGCCGCUGAGGGUGAAGGAGGCGGGGCUUGAGGAGCUCAUCCCCACCACCUGGUGGCCCACUUGCUUCGACAAAGAGGGGAAGGAUGAGAGGGAGCCGAAAGACGAGAGCGCCGACGAGAGACUGAGGAGGCGGGCCUACGAGAGAGGCUGCCAGAGACUCAAGAAGAGGAUCGAAGUGGUGGAGGAGCUCCAGGUUCAGAUCCUCAGACUGAUGCUCAACAACAAGGACAAAGGCACGGGCGAAGCUUCUAGAUACAUCUUCCUUAAUAAGUUCCGUAAGUUCCUGCAGGAGAACGCCAGCAACAGAGGGCACCCCACGGCGCUGUGUCCUCCAGAGUACAUGGUGUGUUUCCUGCAUCGCCUGGUGACGGCAGUGAGGAGCUACUGGGACGAAGGCAAGAGGAUGAAUCCUGGCUGUGUGAGCAGUGAGGAAGCCUAUGUUCCUCCCCAGUUGUUCUACAAUGGGAAGGUGGACUACUUCGACCUGCAGAGACUAGGAGGCCUGCUCUCCCACCUGAAGAAAACCCUGAAAGAUGACCUGGCGUCUAAAGCCAACAUCGUCAUCGACCCUGCCGAGAUCCAGGCCUCCUCCAUGGAUGAUCUGGAUGAGGACGAGGAAAGCGGAGCAGCUCAGAGGCCGUUCGGCGCAGCGGCCAUGGGCGGGGCGCUGGCUCGUCCCAGCUGGCUGAGCUCUCCCACGCUGGGCCGCGCCAACCGCUUCCUCAGCACGGCCGCCGUCAGCAUCAUGACCCCCCGGCGACCCCUGGCGCCCCCCGAAAAGGUCAAGAUCCGCACCCUGGCCGUGGAACAGCGCACGGAGGAAGACAUUGAGGGAAGCCAUGGAAACGAUGGCCUGUUGCUGGGGCGACCGCUAGAAGAGCCUGACGAGCCAAUCACAGAGAAGUCGCUGCUGGAGAUUCUGGAUGGUAUUGUGAUGAUGUACAACCUGAGUGUCCAUCAGCAGCUAGGCAAGAUGGUGGUGGUGGCAGAUGAUGUCCACGAGUACGCCAUAGCACUGAAGGACACGGAGGAGAAGAUUGCUCGCUGUCCCAGCAAGAGAGCUGACAUCAUGGAGGAGCUGCAGAAGAGCCAGAAGGUGUUCGCUGAGAAGCUGAACCACCUGAGCCGAAGGCUGGCCUGGAUCAACGCCACCAUCUACUCCAAGGAGAAGAUGCUGGAUGUGUACUGGCUGCUGAGGGCGUGUAUUCGCACCGUGGAGCACGCAGAUAAUACGGGCUCGCUGUUUGCCUUCGCUCCCGAGUUCUACCUCAACGUGGCCAUGAACAGCUACAGCGCCCUCAAGAACUACUUCAGUCCCUCCAACUGCAUGGACCAGCUGCCAGGUUACGAGGAAACCUUGACUCAGCUCGCUGCUAUCCUCGCCAAGCACUUUGCAGACCCUCGCAUCGUCGGGACAGACAUCAAAGACUCCCUGAUGCAGGCCCUGGCCAGUUACGUCUGCUACCCACAAUCCCUCAGGGCGGUGGAGAGGAUCCCGGAGGAACAGCGAGUGGCCAUGAUGAGGAACCUGCUGGCUCCUUAUGAGCAGAGACCCUGGGCUCAGACCAACUGGAUCCUCGUACGACUGUGGAGGGGCUGUGGGUUUGGUUACCGGUACACCAGGUUGCCUCAUCUGCUAAAAACCAAACCUGAAGAUGCCAACCUGCCCAGUCUGCAGAAGCCCUGUCCGUCGUUGCUGCUCCAGCGACACAUGGCAGAGCUGCUGAGUCAGGAUAAGGAGAUGGCCGCCAGCUUCCUGAACAGCGUCCUCAACCAGCUCAACUGGGCCUUCUCUGAGUUCAUAGGCAUGAUCCAGGAGAUUCAGCAGGCAGCAGAGCGCCCAGAGAGGAACUUUGUGGACACGCGGCAGCUGAAGGUGUGUGCCACCUGCUUCGACCUGUCUGUCAGCCUGCUGCGGGUGCUGGAGAUGACGGUUACCUUGGUACCAGAGAUCUUCCUGGACUGGACACGCCCCUCCGCCGAGCUCCUACUGAGACGAUUGGCUCAGUUGUUGAACCAGGUGUUGAACAGGGUGACUGCAGAGAGAAACCUGUUUGACCGUGUGGUCAACCUUCGUCUACCAGGUCUGGAGAGUGUGGACCACUACCCCAUCCUAGUGGCAGUGACGGGGAUCCUGGUUCGAAUCCUGGUGGACGGAGAGAAACCAGGGUAAGACUGGACCUAGAACUCCUCUGGGGAACUGCACUAAGAGAACACACACACAGAGAACACACACACAGAGAACACACACACACACGGAACAAAACACACACACACGGAACAAAACACACACACACACACAUGGAACAGAACACACACAGUGCUGUAGAGCUGGGUGAUUAUCUGGCUGGCUGGAAGAGAGAGCGGUAGUUGGAGAGAGAUCACGCCAGAGGCUCCAACCACACAGGCUCAAAUCAAGAUGUAGCAGAUCAUAAGCAGAAGGCGGCCCAAACAUCUGUCUUCAUAACCACCUGACCUGACAGGAGAAUGUGCUGUUUGGGUGCCAGGGGAGCCUGGCUCCGGUGACUCUGGUCUUAACUUGACAAUACUGCUACAUCACAGAAGGAGCGCAGACAGAAAAGGAGGAGGAGGAGAGGUUAAACAAGUUAAAGAGAGAGGGGAGUGGAGGAUGAACGGAGGAGAGAAGAGAGGGGUGAGGAACACCUGCUCUAUUUUCAGAGUGGGAGUGAGACGGCUUUUGAGAAUAGGCUGACGAUAUCCGGCUCAGUCUUCCAAUUAGGCCCUGAUUGGGAGGGCUGCGUCUACACUGACACACUGCCACCAGUGUUAGAGGAGGUGCUGAUGAAAGGAGAACAAAUCUAAUUGAAAAUAGAAGUCACACUGUAUUCUUGCACUCAAACAUUUAAUGAGGAGGGUUGAGAGACCUCACCCCCCUCAUCUCUCUCUCCUUCUCUCUCCCACUUCCUGCUUUACCUCU